CUUCACCUUAGCGUAUUCUCUUGCUGCAGAAUCUUGGACAGGAUGAAGGAGGAAAUCAUGGACCCGAGCGCCUUGAACGAUGUCGACACCGCUCUUCUCGAAAGCAAGACCGAGAGCCCGGACCUACCCGGCUCGACCUCUCAGGCGCUCAUCGAAGAGGUCCCCGCGCAGCCUAGGAGGAGUAGGAGAUUGGCCAAGGCGGAAGUCGUAGAACCAAAGGAGGAAUCCGUGAGAGAUGUCGGGAAGGGUAAGGGCGUGCAGGAGAAGGAGGUCACCAGGGUCUUGACCAAGGAAGAAGAGGCUCAGGGCAUGCUGCUCAAGCCGCUCCUGAUUCAAGAGCGAGUGCGACAUGACCUAUGGAAGAUGCUCGUCGCCACCUGUCUUCUGAACGUCACCACGGGUCGAGCUGCUCGGCCGAUAUUCUGGCAGAUCCUCGAAAAGUGGCCGACCCCGAGGGACCUCGGAACCGCCGACAAGGCCGAGCUAGAAGAGAUGAUCUCAAUCCUAGGCCUUGGAGACACUCGAUCUUCCCGCCUGAUCCUCUUUUCGCGUCAAUAUGUCGAGUCGAUCUUCAACAACGUCGUCAUCAAGGGCGACGAUGUCAAGACCGAAGAUGUUGACUCUUCCUCGACCCUUUGGUCCCCCAUCGUCGCCCCCACCAAGUCACCGAAAAAGUCUAUGCCUGCCAGCUUGUCCGAACUGACCCGAGAAUCCAUCUACCCGUUCGCCGGAGUCGGACAAUACGCUAUGGACAGCUUUGCCAUCUACUCUCCUCUGCUACCUGGCGGUGGAGCACCGAGAGAUGAAGCUUAUUGGUUGGAAGAGGGGAUGACUGCAGACGAGGCUGAGGCCGAGGGGAAGGAACGACCUAGGAUCAGGAAGAAGGCGGCCAGGGUGGAUGUAUCGAGUAGGGAUGAUUCGGGAGAUGCGUGGAGGAAGGUGAUGCCGAAUGAUAAGGAGUUAGUCAGGUACUUGGUCUACCGUUGGGCAAUUGAGGGUAUCGUCUGGGAUCCGAAACGAGGCCCCAUCAUCGAAAAAGAGGAGGAUGCGAAACGUCUUGCCCUGCCGAUAUCGGAACAAAACAAUGUCACCACCGAGCAGCAGGUUCAGGCGGGCCCGGAACCUCCAAAGACCACGAUUAUUGAUCUUAGUAUCAAGGCGUCCGAUCUCGUCGCUGAUGACGAGGAGGCCGCUACGAAUGAGGAGAAACCGAUUGUCAAAGUGAAAGAGGAGGUUGAGGAGGACUGGCGGCUUCGUCUGCCUGCGUUCCUUCGAUCGAAUCUGAAUAUCCCGGAAACCGAAGAGCUGAAAGUGUCGGAGGCGUCCACCUCCACCUUGCCCGUCGAUCCGAAUGCACCUAACCCUCUGUCUCAGAAUGCGAUGAAGAAGGCAGCCAAACUGGCAAGAAUGGAAGAGACCAAACUGGCUCGACGAGCGGAAGAAAAGCAAAAGGCCAAGGCGAGGAAGGCGUCUCAAAAGGCCGAAUACAAGGCUGGGAACAUGACGCCCGAAGAGGCGGCAGAGUAUCUUGAAAGGCAGAGAGAGAGGACGGAUAAAUUGAGGGCUAGACAGCGAGGAGGUCGUGCCAAGGACAAGGACGCUUGGAAAGGAGGUCUCGUCAUCGAUCUUGCGUUCGAUGAGCUAAUGCAACCUGGUGAAAUCAAAUCGAUGGGUUCACAACUCUCUUAUUGUCAUUCCUCGAACCGGUUGACAACCAAGCCCUUCCUGAAAAUUGUCUUUUCCGGUUUCCACGGCCAGCUCAAGGACAGGAUGGACACAACGCUUCAAGGUCAUUAUAAUGUCUGGACGCGGACAGAAUGGCGACAAGACGAUGUCGGCGGUUUCCCCGGCGGAAGCGAUGUUCAGCAGGAAGGGGUGAUCAACAAUCCGUUCCCAGGGCAGACCUAUGUCUAUUUGACGGCUGAUUCUGAUUAUGAGCUCGAGACACUGAAAGAGGAUGAGACCUACAUCAUUGGGGGGAUAGUGGACAAGAAUCGAUACAAGAACCUGUGCCGGGACAAGGCGGACCGACUCGGCAUUAAAACGGCUCGCCUGCCAAUCGGGACCUACAUCGCAGAGAUGCCAACGCGAAAAGUCCUGACAGUCAACCAGGUCUUCGACAUCAUGGUGAAAUACAAUGAAUGCCAGGACUGGCGCGUGGCAUUCGAGACGGUGAUCCCCAAACGAAAGUUCAAGGCGGAAGGCAAGGCAAUGUCGAAUCGCGGUCACAAGCGCGCGUGGGAAGAGCGGGACUCUACAGCUUCACCUUCAGGAGGAGAGCACAAGCAUAUGCGGCCAGACGACGAUGAUGACAGUGAUGAAGAGGAAGCAGACCGAGAGGGUGCUGUGUUCUCGACGGAGAUGGAUGUUGACGACGAAGAAGCCGCUCUUAAUGCGGCUUGAGGAGGGCGGCGGACCGAUGAGGUCGACGGGAUCAAACCUACUGUUCGCGUUGACGGUUGAAUCACCCUUGUCCGUCGCAGACGGUUCGCCCUUGUAUACAAAUAUAUAAUGGGCUGGUCGACAGAAAUCACACUUCCGAAGCAACUUGUGUAAUCUUCUGCUUGUCUUAACGUUUGCGCCAUCGAAUCAUGCCCU